AUGAAGGACAUUCUAAGUCAUAAGAAGGAUUGGAGAGAGACACAAACAGUCUUCCCCACUGAGGAGCGUAGUGUAAUCAUUCAAAACAGCUUACCAGAAAAGCUUAAAGAUCCUAGAAGCAUUAUGAUACCAUGCACUCUAGGUGAUGCUUGUACAAGGACAGCUCUAUGUAACCUUGGAGCAAGCAUCAAUCUAAUACCUGCUUCACUAAUAAAAAAGCUUAGCUUGACUAAUGAAGUCAAACCAACCCACAUGUGCCUUCAACUUGCUGAUGGUUCUAUUAAGAUACCAUCAAGAGUAGUUGAAGACAUGAUUGUUAGGGUUGGACCCUUUGCCUUUCCCACUGACUUCAUGAUAUUGGACAUGGAGCGGCACCAGAGGAAAGUAACCCUAAGAGUCAAUGAGGAAAAGUUUGUCCUGAAUGCCGUCAAAGCUAUGCAGCACCCAGACAUUCCUGAGGAAUGUAUGAACAUUGACCUCAUUGAUUCCCUAGUGAAAGAGGUCAACAUGGCCGAAACCCUCAAGGAAGGGCUAGAGGAUAUCCUUGAUGAUACUCAACCUGAUUUAGAGGAAUCUAUGGAAGCCUCCUAA